AUGAACCUCGACAUCAACCUGAGACAUUUUGAAGAGUUCAUUCGUCGCAAAGUGCUUCAUGAGUUUGGCCACGUACUGGGUUGUGAACACGAGAAUCAAUCUCCACUUGCGGAUUUCGAAUGGAACAAAGAUCUUAUCUAUGAGGAGCUCAGCAAACCACCCAACAGCUGGUCUCGCGCCACGAUCGACCACAAUGUGAUCAAACGGCUUGAAAGUAGCGAAGUUAGCGCUAGUUUGUUCGACGCUGAUUCUAUCAUGCUAUACAAAUAUCCCGCACGCUGGUUCAAGAACAGUGUCUCUGGUGGCACAAAGAACAAUACUAGAUUGUCCGAGAGAGACAAGAAAUGGAUUGCCAAUACCUAUCCUCCUUGGUCGAGUGACAUUGGUCAAUUCAGUACGCUACAGGUGCGACCGUUCGACACCUUCAGCUCCGACCCUGUUCAGCAGGAUAUGGCUUUUGAGCCGUCUUACAUUGAACCACCUCAAGUCGCAGUUGGCUUGAGUUGGCUAGAUCUGGACUACAAAACUGAUAUUUGCGUCAAGACUACGGCUGAGGAUGUGUCAGUGGACCACUUCACUGUUGGGAUAACUCCUGGUGCUGGGUUCAAUGUCUACUCGGCGGCAUGCUCGUGGCUAGAAGCGUCAGUCAACGAGCCCGACAUCAAGGUUGGCCUGUGGGACAUUGCUUCUACCUGGAGCAGCAAGGGUAAGCCCGUUGGAGGGAAGACGUCUACCUCCAUCAAGUUUGACCAACGCUUCGAAGGACGUCAAGCCCCUAUUUUCGUGGCGUGGUUCACCGGACUUAGCCUUGGCAAGGACUCGCCAUGGCGCGUCAAGACGUACGUAACUGAUGUCAGCCAAUUCAAGUUUCAGCUUCAUGUCGAAGCUGGACCUGACACGGACCUUCGCGACGCAACUGUUACCUGGCUGGCCAUCCCAGCGGGCAAAGAGGGCAUGACUGCCGGCUCCUUCUGCACCGAUGAUAUCCCGGGGUCCGAGAACGCUGGUGCCAUUGAUUUCGCUCACGCUGGAUUCCAGAGUGCCCCAGCUAUGAUGAUGGCCAUCAGCGGGAUUGAUUUCGAGUGCGGCCAUAACCUACGUCUCCGCGUUAGUCACUCGUCUCUGACCAAGGACGGUAUGGUGUGGCAUUUGGACAGCUGGCUGGAUUCCGUCUUGAAUACUGCCACUGGCGUCUAUGUUGCCGUGGGUGGGCCAAAUGUGGAUUAUGAGGAUUGA